GUUUACAGUUUUCUUCUAGAAUGAAAUUGAACAUUAACACUAAAUGAUUUGGAGUGACCAUAUAAUAAAAAAAAGUGUUCACCAACAUAUCUUUAAUAGAAAAAUAUUCUUCGUUAAAAGCAAUAACAUAAAUUGAAUUGAAAUAAUUCGAAGUUUCAAUGAAUGUAUUUACUUGGUCAAAUAUUUUGCUGUUUAUUGUAACAUGCAUCUUAAUAUUAAUGUACAGUUGUAUACUGAAAAAUUGGUGGUAUUUUUCGAGCCGAAAUACGAAAUUCAUUCGAGGAUGGCCAUUUGUUGGAACAUUACACGAAUUUUUCUUUGGCAAUAAAUCAUUUGCCGAUUCAGUGGCUUCUUUCUAUUUUAGAUUUGCAAACGAGCCAUUUUUUGGCAUCUAUGAGCUCACCUAUCCUGUAUUCGUAGUUCGUAAUCCAGAGUUGGUGAAAAAGAUUACAACACAAGAUUUUGAGCAUUUUUUAAAUCAUCAAAGCAAUUUUGACGAAAAUUUGGAUUCAAUAUUGGCAAGAAGUUUAUUCUUUAGCCGGGAUCAAAAAUGGAAAGAUAUGCGUUCCGUUCUAUCGGCAUCAUUUACUGGCAACAAAAUGCGAAUGAUGUUUGAUUUAAUAUGUGAUUGUACAAAUAAAUUUAUAUUAACACUGGUCAAAGGACACAGCAAAUCAUCAAAUUCCAUUGAAUUUGAAUUGAAAGAUUUAUUUUCAAGAUAUACGACAAAUUUAAUUGCCACGAGUGCUUUUGGAUUGGAGGUGGAUGCAGUCACUGAUAAUGAGAAUGAAUUCUAUUUGGCUGGUAAAAAAGUUACAAAUUUUGAUGGCAUACAAGGUAUAAAGCUUCUUCUUCUGGAUGUAAUGCCAAAACUCAUUAAAUUUUGUCGUAUACCAUUUUUGGAUGAGAGCUUGUGCAACUAUUUUCGCAAUGUAGUCCUUUCGACUAUGGCAUACAGAGAGAAAAAUAAUGUUUUUCGUCCAGAUAUGAUUCAUUUGCUAAUGGAAGCUAGAAAGGGUACAUUACAAGAUGCUGAUGGUAAUGCCACCAAAAAGUACGAUUGGAAAGAUGAUGACAUUGUGGCUCAAUGUGCGAUUUUCUUUUUUGCUGGGUUUGAAACAACGUCUACACUUAUAUCUUUUAUGACUCAUGAGCUUGCCUGCAAUCAAGAUGUUCAACAAAAGCUUUACGAUGAAAUAAUUGCAAUUGAAAAAGAGUUAAAUGGUGGUCCGGUAACGUAUGAAAUUAUCAAAGGGUUUAAGUUCAUGGAAAUGGUUGUGUUAGAAUCCCUUCGGUUGUGGCCACCAGUAUCACAAUCAGAUCGACAAGUGGCAAAGCCGUAUCGCUUGGAAGCAAACGGAAAUGUGGUUCAAUUGACAACGUACGAUGCCAUUUGGAUACCCAUUUAUGCUAUUCAUCGUGAUCCAGAAUACUGGUCACAUCCAAAUCGAUUUGAUCCGGAACGAUUUAACGAAGAAAAUCGUAAAACUAUUCAAGCAUGUACGUAUUUGCCAUUUGGAAAUGGAAUGCGCACAUGCAUUGCCUCGCGGUUUGCUUUAAUGGUAGCCAAAACCUUCUUUUAUCACUUGUUACGUGAAUUUAAGAUUGAUAAAUCUGAUAAAACACCGAAUCCAGUAAUCUUGAAACCGAAUUCGAUCAACAUGCACGCUGAAAAUGGUCUAUGGGCUCGUUUUAUGCCGAGACAAUAAUAUAAAGUAUCUAUACUGUAUUAACUGAUAUAAUCUCGCUUGCUUAUCACCAAUAAAUUGAUUACUUUGGAAAUUGAAACA